GUUAGCCGUGAUGUGCACAGAUAUCUCCAAACAAAGGUGAAAUGUCAUCAGAAAAUUGAUAUAAUUUAUAUUCAUGUGCUAGGGUGAGCCACAUGUCAAACAUUCUAUUGAUACAAAUAUUUUCUUUUCAAGUUUUCAAGAGCAAUGUAUUCUCCUUGAUCAAGGAGUUUCAAAUGGCGUUGGUGAGUUGUCAACUAUAUUAUUUUGAUUGGCGAGUAAAAUCUAAUAAUAAGCCCAAAAAUGGUAAAGAUCCACCUCAGCAGAAUCAUGAGGAAGGUACAGAGAUCUCCGCCCCCUCGAUAUUAACAAGUAUAACAACAACUUUUCAAAGCACUCAGGUGGAUGAAAUCACUGAGGAUUAUGAAAAUUUUAUCAGUACAUCUGCGAUACUUCAUUAUUGUAAACACAAAAUACUCAGACCAUACCUGAGAUUGUUGAGUGUAAUGGGAUUAAGACCAACCAGCAGUGAUGACUCUGACCAUUCCUUACAAUGUUCUAUUCUGGCAAAUCUUCAUACUUUUCAAGUCACUAUAUUUAUAUGUAUUGGAUACGUUUUACAAUAUAUGGCUUGUUUUAGGAGAGAUCGAGGUUUUUGUUACAAAAUAUUAGUGCAAGAGCAAAAUAUUGAUGGGAAAGAGUCAUCCUGCUAUGGAAAUAUAAUAUUCAGCUACUUGAUUCCAAGUAUACUACAUCUAGUCGCAUAUCUAUACACAAUAUACUUGUUUCGCGUUAAAGAAAACGAACAGCUGCAAAAUCUCAUGGAGAGAGCGUUCCUGCUCUCCUCGAAUCCGAUAAAUAGGGGUAAUCAGAAACGUCUUGUACAUAUAUUAUGGUUGUUCAUAGCUUUGAGCAUAGUGUGGAUGAUCACGGCAUUAAUUACUGUGAAUAUUCAGAUGGCAAAGGGAAAUAUAACAUUUCAGUGGGUAGAGAAUAGUCCAUACCAAGUGAAGACAAUGCUGAAAGUAUUGCUGGUUGUUUGUACCUUAUGGCACGACAUGAUUCAGGGAACUAUUAUAACGAGUUAUUGUUUGCAAGGACAGUUGUUGAUGUCGCACCUUUACUUUCUACGUGGAAAGUUGCUCCAGCAUAUCUUACUACCUAUCGAUUGGAUGAGGGAUAUCGACGAAUUCAAGAAAUUGUUGAAAUAUUUCAAUGAUGGAUUAGGUCCAGCUGUAUGUAUCUAUACUAUAGUGAAUCUGUCAUGGGCUACUGUGGGUAUCAUAUGGUUAUUUCAAUAUUAUAUCAAUAAUGCGAAUGACAUGUAUCCAAUCACGUAUGUUAAUGUGAUGAAUAUCGUAUUAUGGAUUUUGAUAUCGAUUGCUCCAUUUAUACAGGCUGCGCGCUUAACGAAUGCUUGCUCCAUGAUUCGAGCCGUAGGACACGAAAUACGUAUCCGGCCGUUCGUAUAUCAAACCACUCCAGGAGAAGAUCUUGAUAGUAUACUUCUAUAUACAUCUUCUCUGAAGAUGUGCGCCAAAUUGUUCAGAAUACCUAUCAAAGGUAGAUACUUAUGUCUUUUACUAACUAUUGGCAGUAUUUCUAUCCUUACUUUAGGACAAUGCCAAUUUUUCUUAUAAUUAUAUAUAUAGCACUUUAAUCGAAAUUGUGUGAUAAAAUGCAUCGAGUAUUUUCAAAAUAUAUAGAUAAUCUCUAUAACACAAUUAUCUAUAGAAUAUAUAUUAUUAAUACUUUAUUUAGAUAAAUUAUUUAGACCUAAAAAUUUUCUUAUAAAUAUAUAAAGAGAGCAUUAUAUAUAUGUACAAUAUGUAAAUAAUUGUAAAUUGUACAUUACAUAUAAAAAAUACGUUUUAU